AUGGAGAGUUCUGAGCAAUUAAUAAAGAGAGACGAGAUGAUAAAUCAAACGCAAAGUGACAAUCCUGAGUUUAAUGCACCAACUGGAAGCUUUAUAAAUGAUCAGAAAUGCGUCGAAGAAACAAAAAAGACUUUUGAAGAAUCUAAAGAGCUGCCUAAAGAAUCAAAAUCAUUUAUUUGUGUUUUGGUUGGUCAUACGGGCCAUGGUAAAUCAACUUUCAUCAAUUACUUAGCGAAUUACUUCGGAGGAGGCACUUUAGAAAAUAAGAAAGUAGUUAUACCUACAGAGUAUUAUAAAUUAACACAAAAAGGACAAACUCAUUCUGAACGAAAUGCAAAAAGCUAUUUGAGUCAGACUGAUGAUUGCUCAUCUUAUGAAUUUCGUAAUACGAAAGACAACUGCAAUUAUACUUUUAUUGAUACUCCAGGAUUAUGGAGCUUUUCUAAGAAAUAUUUGGAAAGUUUUAGACCUUUUGACCUGGCCGUAGAUUGUGCAAUAAUUUAUCUUCUAAGGAGCCUUGAGCAUCAAUCAUUAGAGGUCGAAAAACCAUUUUAUCUCUUUCUUUCAAAGAGAUACAAAAUCAUUAGGAAAAUUAUUUUUGAAUUAGGCAAAUAA